AGCUAGUGGAGUAUAUAACAGCCCCUCUGCGUGUCAGGUGCUCAGUCUAAUCACCAGAAAGAGGAAACAGCCUAUUAAAGCGCCUGACUGAAUAGUCUCUCAAGCAUCGCUUCGAUUUUCGAGACCGGCCUCUUUUCAGCGCACCGGUUCACGAUGUGAAGGCAAUGUAACAGCAAUGCAGUGGACGAGAUUUGAAGUUUUGUGAAGAAUGUCGAUACUUUGGCAUCUGCUGCCCCUUUUUUCGGCCUUCCCAGUCAUCCUGACCUGCUGCUUCCCCCGACAGAUCCGGUUUGACAUCCUAGUCCGGGGCCACGAGAAGUACGAGGAGGGGGAGGGGAUGGACUAUUCCGAAAACAGAACAUUUUUCUACGACGAAAUAAGGAACUGCACUUUGCUUCGAGGUACCCCAUUCGGAUUCCCAAUGGAAAUCUUCACUAAUUAUUCAUCGGGGAUAGAAUACACUGUGACGGACCAAUGUUCAAUGCGAGUUAUUAAUGGAGGAUUUAACAAAAUGUGCUUGCCGAGCAAUGCAGUUUUACAGAGAACAGUAAGAAUUCCAUUGAGUGUGAAGGAAGUUUCUGUGUACAGGGCAAAUGUAAGCGACUAUACUGGGGUGUUAGAACAAGAGUAUGGGGUGAUCCAAGAGGGGGACAGCUGUUACUUUCUGUGGUCUAAAACCGAUGGUAUUCUUAAUGACUUUGGAUUAAGGGGAACCUUUACCGAGACUCUGACAUAUCAGAACAUUCAGACACUGUCUGAAAACAGUCCUGUAUUUGAAAUUCCUGGAAAAUGUCACGAUGUGUAAACUCGCUGUAUAAUGGCAAAUUAUUAUCAUUGGCGGUGAUAGCUUGCGGUCUGAACAAUAGAAAAUUAUUGCCGCCCGUGAUAAAAGUGUCCUUGAAACCAAUCAAUACACUAUAUUGACCAUUGCUUGGGUUCAUUUCGUUGUAAUAUUGAUGUAACAUAUUGAUUUGUGCACAAGGAAUCAAAAUCAACUCAUUCAAGCAUAUAAAUCUCCCACGGGAUGCAGACAGAAUAACUAGUUUCAAAUGCAGCACCAGAAAGCGAUUCUGGUAUAAUUUUCCUCCAAAGCAGACGUCGUCUGCAAUCUGUAUUGGAUCAGGCGGUUUGUCGGCUGAAAAGUGACCAUAACAAUUAAUCGAUUUUUAAUGAGCAUUCUUCUCGGAGGGAAUAAUAAGCAACGCCCGUCGGUAUUGUCUUUACAAACUGACUUUAUUGAUAAAGUAAUAUAACGGCCCUCCACACGACACGUUACUGCUACAUGUGAAUUAUCCCUGUUUUCAGUCCUUCAGAUGUUAUCUUUGUUUUAUUGUUUUGUAAAUAAAUGUUAUAAGUGAAUUUUCUUUAGAUGAGAGAGAGAGAGAGAGAGAGAGAGAGAGAGAGAGAGAGAAAUAUUAGAAGGAACCAAAAGGUCAAAACUUUUAAAUCGUGAAUUUUUAUUUUGUCUUAAUUGGUUCCGAAUCUAUAAAAAACGUCAAUUAACCAUUUGAUUGCCACGUGUUCUUCUAAUUAUACAUGUCUAAUCAUAAUUACUGAGUAUUAGAUGCAGCAAUGUACAUUUCAUUGUUAUUUAAUUAGGGUUAAAUAUGUAUUCGGAACAGGAAAGGCUGAAAAUAGAAAUCGGGGCUAAAGUGAUGUGAUUCAGGAAUAUGCUUUUAGUACAUAUAAAGCUAUUCAACCGUCGAAGCUUCUUAUAUAUUUGAUGUGUGUAAGUCAGAUAUGAUAAAAGAUUUACACUUUAUUUAGUCGUAAAUUUUGUAAGUUACUGCGACGUAUGCAUAUACAUGUUCUGUCUGGUCAGGAAGGCAUCGAAUUAAUGUAUAAAUGUAUAUUAGUUAGUUAUUUGUUUCAAGGUGAAAUUCCUUUACCGUGAAACGUUAAACUAUGUCGCUGUCUAUGUAUUAAUUCAUGGAUAGAUUUCAAACUUUUAAAGUAAACAACUUUACAAGAGGGUGCCUGGCAAAGAAGGAAUAAUGAAAUAACAUUAACUGCCUACUAAAGACGAAAAGGGCCACAUAAAAAAUACUUUUAUCUCAUAAUAACGAGAAAAGAUCUCGUAAUUACGAGAAACGAGAAGUAAAAAAAAGUUAAAUAACUCGUAAUUAUGAGAAAAGAUCUCAUUAUUAAGAGUUAUUUAUCUCGUAAUUAGGAGAAAAAGAUCUUUUAUUUAUGAAAAAAGAUCUUGCUUUUACGAGUCAUUUUCUCAAAAUUACGAGAAAAUAUCUCGUUUUUACGAGAAAAGAUCUCGUAAUUACGAAAGAAGAUCUCGCUUUCACGAGUAAUUUUCUCAAAAUUACGAGAAAAUAUAUCAUAAUUACGAGAGAAAAAUAUUUUUUAUGCAGCCCUAAUCGUCUUUCAUAGACUGCCGAUAUUUAAAAUAGUUUAUAUAUCAAAGUGUACAAUUUAUUGUGCGUAAGUAGUGAAGAUUACUUCCAAUAAAGAGCUAAAAGUACAUGUAAUUAGCACCUAUCAAAAUUGGAAAAUGCUCGCUCUUAUAUGUGCACACACCACGCUCCUGUGAAAUGCCACUCUUGUCAUUAGGAAAAUGGCUUAACUAUCGGGUAAAUUGUGUCUGACGCAAAAAGAGUUUUGUAUAUGAACGUUGUUAAAUGACGUAUUUCUUUUUGCACCCAAUCAGCAACGAAUGAUUCGCGAUAAGAAUACUUAGAUCUUGUGUUUAAAGAUGUUUUAAUCAUACAUGUGUCUACAAGGACAGCUAAACUUCUUUUGAUAACAUAAAAUUGUGGACAUAAGCAACGUUCAUUCAAUUCAAUUUAGUUUAAUUUAGAGCAGUUCCCAGCAUAUAAAUAUUUUUAAAACACUUAUUAUGUUUCUUUAUUUUGUGCAUUUGAUAACAAGCAAUUAUCAAUACUCUUCUAGAAGUAAAUAAGCAAGAUUUUUAGAACAGUUUCAAAUAUAUAGAAAUGUUUUAAACACCCAUGACAAUUUCCUAAUUUUUGUAUUUCAUAUAAAAUUAGAAUUUUUUUUUUGCUGCUUUCGAAAUCAAACAGAAAGAAUUUAUCUAGAUGAAAUAGUUCUAGGCAAGAUGGUGUAUGUGUCUACAGACACUGUGCAGUUAUCUCCCGCUCCGCAUAACAUCUAAUCUAAGGAGUUACAUCUGUGAAUAUUUUGGGUCGGGUCAUCAAAAACUAGGGUGAGUUCGGGGAUAGGGGUCGGUCCACCUUGUGGAUUUAUAAUCAAUUAUUGAAACCGAACACUUACAGGGAAUUUACACGGAUUCUUUAAGAUCCCGCGACGAGUUGUUUUCUCAAAAUUACGAGAAAAUAUAUCGUUAUUACAAGAAAAUAUUUCAUAAUUACGAUAACAAAUAUUUUUUACGGAAUUUUCAUGGACCCCUUUAGAUCCCGUUAUUUAAAAAACAUUCUUGGGUCCGUGCCUGCAUGCUUUAGUAUUAAACCCGCCACAUAACUCCAAAACUCUAACCUAAAGCAAAGUGCGCAGAAUGGCUUAAAGCUACAUUUUUCGACAUGACACUGGGGGUCAAUUCAGUCUUGAAAUUUCCGAGGAAGAUAAAAUUUAAAGUCUGCAAACCUAAUGUGGUUUCAUACCGUAUUCUCAAUCUGUUAUAUUUCAAGGAGAGCCAGAUUCCAGAUAAAAUGGAACUUCAAAGUUAUUAGUCUAAAAUACUGCAUUCAGGUUGUGUAUUAAUCUCAAAAAUCAUUCAAAGAUAAAGAAAACGGCGAACAUGUGGGGGAGAACAUGUCUAGGCAUCUUGCCUGGUGUUUGAUCCAAUUCAAUGUAUAUCUAUAUAAUUGAAUAGAAUGCUUAGGUAAUAUACAUUUUUUUCUUGAGUGUCCAAGAUACACUCAACAAAGAGUUAAACUUUUUAAUCAAUUUAAUGACAUUAGUGUACCUAUUCAUAUUAACUAUAUUCUUUAUGGUAGUUCUGAAUUUUCAUACAACUUAAAUUGUAAAAUUGUUUCUUAUGUUCAUAGUUAUAUUAUAGCUUCUAAGCGUUUUUGAUCUUCAAAUGGGCUGGAUCAUGACACCAAUAUUCUAUGUCUGUCUGUCGGUAUGAAUGAAUGAGGUGAUGGGUUUAUAAAUGUAGGAAUGAAUGUGUUCAUGUAUAUGUUAAACAACAAGUUAAUUUAUCAUCAUAUGACAAAAGUCAAGCUUAUUAUUUAUUAUCCAAUUAUCCUUUGUCUUGUAUACAAAUAUAUCAAUAAUAUAUCACUCUGUAAACUGGUAAAUUAUACUACAUACUAUAUACUAUAUUCUAUGAUUAUUUUAUAACACCACUUCUUGACUUUGUAUUUUGGAGAGGGUUAUAUAGGCUUUGCCUGUUGCCCAAUCCAUUUGAUUACUCAAUAAAAUAUGUUUAAAUUAAAUAGAA